UUUAUCGUUCAUAUUAUUUCAUCCUUUUACUUUUAUCGUUCAUAUUAUUUCAUUCUUUUACUUUUAUCAUUCAUAUUAUUUCAUCCUUUUACUUUUAUCGUUCAUAUUAUUUCAUUCUUUUACUUUUAUCAUUCAUAUUAUUUCAUUUCUUUAUUCAUUCGUCUUUAUUAUUUUAUGUCAAAUUAUAUAUUAAUAUAUAUUUUACUUGUCUUACUCUAA